AUGUGGUGUGGUGGAUCAACUCGACAUCGUCAUCUCAUCGCAUGGCCCGGCGCUCAAACAUGCAUGACGUACGUGCCACAAAAUGUGCUGAUCACCGGUGGCUGUGGAUUCAUCGGCUCAAAUUUUGUCAACCACAUUCAUGAUGCAUGGCCGCACUGCAAUUUUGUUAAUGUGGACAAGCUCAUAUUAAACAGUGACACGCAACAUGUCAGCGAGAAGGUACGCAACUCUUCUCGCUAUAAACUUGUCUUGGCUGACAUCAAAAAUCGAAAAGCUAUGAUGAAAGCCUUCAAGGAAAAUAACAUCGAUACGAUUAUUCAUUUCGCAGCCGACUGCACAUCGACUCGAUGCUACAACGAAACAAUCGAAGCCAUUGAAAACAAUGUCAUCGCGUUCAUCGAACUUCUGCAGGCUGUCAAAGAUUAUGGAAAAAUCAAACGAUUCGUUCAUAUCAGCACGGAUGAGGUAUACGGCGACUCAGGACUUGGAGAGGAUGAAAAAGGAAAAGCUGAGAAUAGCCGGCUUUUACCUGGCAACCCUUACGCCGCAACUAAAAUUGCCGGUGAAGCAUAUGUGCGCGCAUUCACAUCACAAUAUAAACUUCCAAUUAUCACCGCAAGGAUGAACAACAUCUAUGGUCCAAAUCAGUGGGAUGUCAAGGUGGUGCCGCGAUUUAUCGAGAUCGCAAAAGUUCAAGGCGAGUACACCAUUCAAGGAAGUGGAAAGCAGCUCAGGUCGUGGCUUUACGUUGACGACGCCAGCAUUGGCAUUCAGCGCGUAUGCGAACGCGGCAAAAUAGGCGAAAUUUACAAUUUAGGCACCUACUUCGAAAAAAAUGUGGCUGAUCUUGCGCAAGUGAUACAAGCUGAAGUGGACCGCCAACUUGGUCGAGAAAUUAGUAAUGCACGUUUCAUUUCGAUUCCAGAUCGACCUUAUAACGACAUGCGGUACCUUAUCGACAUUAGUAAAGCUCAAGAUGAGCUGGAAUGGACACCAGAGAUAAGCUUUGAAGAAGGAAUAAGACGAACUGUGGCAUCUGCACUAAAGCCCAAAGAUAGUGUGAAAAUGCAUGUUGCCCUUUAUGGAGGAAAUGGCUAUGUUGGACAGGCGCUUCAGAAGGUAUUAGACAACAGGAAAGUUCCUUACGUUCUUGCUAAAGGAAAGGUUGGAGUCGACAAUGAUAAAGAUGUUGAAGAAGAGCUAGCCACUUUGAAUGUUACUCACGUCGUUUGCGUCACUGGUAGAACUCACGGAAAUGGAAUUAACACCAUUGAAUACCUCGAGGGUGGACCGGAGUGUACAUUUGAGAACGUCCGCGACAAUCUGUAUAGCGCAACCGUGCUCGCACACUUGUGCCGCACACUCGGCAUUCAUUUUACCUAUGUAGGAACUGGCUACAUCUUUGCCUAUGAUGCAAAACAUCCCAUUGGUGGACAAGGCUUUACUGAACAAGACACCCCCACAUUCUUCGGCUCCUCCUAUUCCGUGGUGAAAGGCUUUACCGAUCGCCAAAUGUCCCACUUUAACGAAAAAGGCUGGGAGAACAUUAACGCGAGAAUCACUCUCCCUCUCACAUACGAGCUGAAUCAGCCAAGGAAUUUGCUGUCGAAAAUCAUCAACUACAAAGAGCUCUUCGAUCUACCAGUGUCAAUCUCUAUACUGCCUGACUGUUUCGAUGCUAUGCUCUCCUUGAUGGAAAAGCGGUUUGGAGGACACCUCAACUUGGUCAAUCCUGGACCGAUUAGCCUUUACGAGAUUGUUCUGUUAUAUAAAGAGAUAACGGGUAAAGCAGUAGAUCCGCAACCGAUCGAGAUCACCAGCGAAAGAGGACAAGUGCUUCUUGCCACAAAAGGAAAUUGCGCGUUGGACAGUACGCUGCUAGAAAGUAUGGAACAUAUUCCCACGGCCAAGGAGUCUCUAGCUAACAAUUUUGCGCGGAUGAAAGAAGCAUAAUAUUGGAGAGAGAACUUACUGAUCAUUAUGUUGUUUAUAUAUACGUGUGAUGGUAAAGACUGCAAUUCCUCUAACAUAGCUCAUAACCGUCUGAUUUUUCGCUGACCGCUCGCAAACAAGUUUUCACUUCUUGAAAAUCUGACCAGAUUCACGUACGUACGGCCUCAGGCAGAGUUCAGGCGAUUUGAUCGUCGCGAUUCAAUCGCCACAAG